GGUGUUCGUUAAGUUUGUCAGUGUCGGGUGGAGUCAACGUCCCGUCGCAUCUCUGCGGGGAAGGAGUAGAUUGUCUUUUUUAACUAGUUUUUCAUUGACUAUUUCUUACCGCAAAGACACCGAAAUCCUCCAUAAAGAUGACGACGACAACAACCUUCCAAGGAGUGGAACCUGGCGCUAAAAGCAGUUCCAGGGUACUACGACCGCCAGGCGGAGAAACCAGCUUCACCUUCGGCACAGAUGACAAUACAACGCCCCAGCGCAAGAACAAGAUGGCCUCUAGCAUCUUUGCAGAACCUGACGACCCCCAUGCUCAUCGGAGGAACAAUCCACCCACUGGGACAGCCGCAGGGACCCUGUGCGGAGAACCAUCUGCCCCACUAAGGAGGUGCCAGCAGCCUCUUCUCUUCCCUAAGAACCCUCAACCGGAACUGACCACCAUCCACAACUCUGGGGCAGCCAUGGUCUGGAACCAGAGACGAGAGGGGGAGAAUGGCCAGAAUGGCGAAGAACCAGGAAAUGAUGAGUAUCCUGACAAUCAGGAGGAGGAGCAUGACGAGCCAGAGCAGAAGGAGACAUCACAGUCCUCCACCCCGUCGGGAGGUGCCAACGCUGCCUCGGGCAACCGAAGAAACCCACCCGGUGGCAAGUCCAGCCUUAUCCUGGGUUGAGACCACUUAUUGUUUUUUUUCUUUUUUUUUUUUUUUCAUUCGAACGCUUUUUUAUUUUUUAAAAAAAAUAAAUACCCUCUCUUCCUCCUCAUCCACCUGUCACCUUCUUCCCUCCUUCACCUAUGUACUUCACAUGCACUCAUGCCGUCACGUCCAUGGACCCCCCCCCCUCGCCCCUCCCCUCGCCCUCUCCUUCCACCCUCAAACCUUUUGUUUUGAUCCUUUUUUCUAUUAAAAGAAGAAAACUGUUGACAAAAGCACUUUAUGUAUCUCUCUCUCCCCCUCCCCCCGCCCCCCUCGCAUUUCAGCCCAUCCUGUAGUGCAUCGCGCCUGCUGGGAAAGGCAUGACGUUUAGCUUGUCUCUCAUUCUUCCCUGUUGUAAAUGGUAAAGGAAAAAAUAAUAAAGAUUUGAUGCGUGAAUUUCUAAAUACAAUAAAGAUUGAUAUGAAUUUC